UAGCAGAGUGUAGCUAAUUUUUUGUUGGUUGGAAACAGCAAUGAAUCGUUUGAAGCAACAUGUUCCUUGUCAGAUAAGAUUCAAUUGUGCAAUGUCUCUUACUUCUGUAUCCAACAUGGUGUGCAGUCUGAGUCUACGUCAUGUCAUGCCCCGCCUUUUCCAGUAACCCCAUCCGAAAUUACAUGGAAAAACACAUUGGGAAGGGAUAAGCAGCAGGAGCCUCGAGUUGUAAACAUAUCUACUGGUUUUUCUUUACUAAUUAUUUGAAGACGUAACGGAUUGUGAUAUCUACACAGGUAUCCUCAGACCCCAUCAGUCCACGUAUCCUUCAGGAUGUCAAUGUCUCUGUGGCCGUAGAGUGUUAACCAGUACCUCAACAUCAUCACAGACAGCCCCUCAUACUGCAACCAUGACCCAUGCCUGGCCCAUGCCUGGCUCCAGCUCCAGCAAUAUCCACAAGCUAAAGCCGUGGCUCAUCUGCACACUGCUCAGCCUCUUUGCUACACACAGCCACUGCAACGGUGGUCUAGAUAUACCCCAAGAGGUGAACCUGUUAACCAACAUUGACUCGCAUCGGAGUCAGCAACUCUCCAUUUCCUGGCUCGGAGGGACAGCGAGCACCUUUGACCUCAUCGUUCUGAGAACUGAAUUCAAUGAAACCGUCUUCUAUGAAACUGUGACAGCGACCCAGGAAAAUGGGCGGCACCACUGGAACUGGACCUCAGCCGAGCCCCUUAAAUGUACGUCUCUGUCUGUCAGACUGCGUUCCAGAGACGGGCAGAAGACCAGCGAUUGGAGCACCACUGUGAUAAAUCGAGGUUUGGAUGACCCCAGCCAGACGGGAUCUAGGAUGAUUCCUCAGGACCCAGUGGUACUGGUCGGAGACAACAUCACUGUCUGUUGCAUUGUGGGAGAGCGCAAGGAUUUUGGCAACAUUCGCUACAAUACCACUGUCAUGGAUUCGGUGCGGCUGAGUAGGCGGAGCUAUGCAACCACAAAGACCAACCUGAAUGCCUCCACGUUGACGGGGACCAAUGUGUUCUGUAGUAGUGCCCUGAACUUGCUCACGGGAACCGUGGUGUUUGUCGGAUACCCCCCCCUGCCCACGGAUCUAGUGUGUGAGACCAGGGACCUGACCUCUGUGAUCUGCCAAUGGAGCCCUGGAAACACACACCUGCAUGCUUCUCGAAGGACGUUCUACACACUCAAUGGAAGGGACUGUGCAGAGGCCAUCCCGAAGAAGCCGCCGACGGACUGUAGGCUACCUGAGUGGGCAGGUAACUGGAUCCUGGUGGCCAGGAACCCUCUGGGGCAGUCCAGCCUGAGCUACUCUGCUCAGCUCUCACACAGAGUGCAUCCUGUUGCCCCAGCCAACCUGACCGCCGUGGCCCAUGCCUGGAACGCAACACUGCUGUGGGACUGGGAGUACGCCGCCUACGCCCCGCUGGCUCUCGCCUGCCAGGUCGAGAUCACGCUCGACGGCCACGUCAAAAAGCGGACCUUUUCUGGUGCGGGUCUGAGGUCGGUGGCCCUUCUGGACCUGGUUCCGGUGACCGAGUAUCAAGUCAGGGUCAGCUGUGGAGCCCAGCAGAACUUCUGGAAGUGGGGCUCCUGGAGCAAAACACUGGCAUUCAGAACUGAAAUUGACGUGCCCGAGGCUCCUGAUCUCUGGGUGUCCCUUGACAAGGACAACACAGGGAAUGUCAUGGGGCAGGUCAUGUGGAAGCCCCUGACACAUAGGCAAAGCCACGGAGAGAUCACGGGCUACGAGCUGACCCUGUGGAGCCCGGAGGAAAACGUGCAGCACACGGAGACCCUGGCCCCCGGCAUCCACGAGACACCCGUUAACCUCACCCACAUGGCCGUCGAAGGCCGGGUCGUGGCUACACUCACGGCCAAGAACGCGGCCGGUGUGUCACCACCUGCGAGCAUCGUCAUCCCAAAACCUAAAUCGGACCCAGAGCCCGGCGCCGUGUCCAGAGUGGCGGGCGCAGGCGGAGGUUUCCCUCUGUCCUGGGCCAGCGACGCCAACGCCAGCCAGGGCUACGUGGUGGAGUGGCAGGAAGCCACCUGCCUGCACGACUGCCCUGUUCACUGGACCAAGGUGGCCGCCGAGAGGGCCAACGUCUCCCUAGUAUCAGACUCCUUCCGGGCCGGUGUGCGGUACAUCCUCUCCCUCUACGGCUGUUCCCCCGACAGCACAGAGCUACUGCAGCGCUGGCAGGGAUACACACAGGAGCUUGUCCCCAUCAGUGCCGUCCCUUCCCUGACGACCAAUCAGCGAAACUCUGACAUCGAGCUGACCUGGCAGGAGAUCCCGGAGGCCGACCGGAGAGGCUUCAUCCUGGGUUACCGCGUCUACCUCAUAACGGACCGCCAGCUCACGCUCUACGCCAACCUGAGCGGCCCUGGCAGCCGCAGCUAUACGGUGAAGAAUCUACCCGUCAAGUUCUAUAAGUUCACCGUGAAGGCCUACACCUCUGCCGGAGAGGACACGGGCUCCACCGCCAGCAUCACCAUGGCAUCAUACACGGAUUGGUUACUCUUGGAAAUCUUGGCUUCGCUGGGAACCAUGACAUUAUUCCUGUUCAUCGUCACCUUCGUCUGCUACAAGAAGAGGAAAUGGGUGAAGAAAGCAUUCUACCCAGACAUCCCUGAGCCCAAGCUGGCUGGUGAUUGGUCCAGAACACAGGGCCCACUGGACGUGAAGCCCCACGCCAACAGCAUGGUGCACAUCGUGGAUGAGUCCGCCUGGGCCUCCAGCAAGGAGAAGCUGGUGGUCAUCCCCGAGGAGGACGAGAACGAGGAGCGGGGCGUCCGAGACGACCCGGUGGACACGGACGAGCCCAUGUCCAUUCGCUAUUACAACCAGAUGGUGGACGAGCGACCCAUAAGACCGCGUUACCCAGACUCCUCGGAGUCCUCUGCGUCGUCCUUGGACUCGGCGCGCACCGACGUGACGUACACGGGGAUCCAGACCUCGGGGUCAUCCCUCGCCUUCCGGGCCGAGCCCAUGUUCUCGCAGGGCGGGCAGCAGCCUCAGGGGGGUUUCCCCGUGUCUCCAGCGGGCAGAGGGGGAGGCUACCGUCCUCAGGUGCAGCCUGAAGUGCCGGGCCCUGACCCUCUCCCGGUGGCUCCCCAGUCUUUCCCAGAGCCCCAGCCUGAAAAGGGAGGCUCAUUUGGGAGUUACCAGCCACAGUGCUCGUGGCAAUUGGACUCCCCAGGGGACGGGGACGGGGACGAAGGCAGCAUCGGCGCCCCUUCCAUGGGCUCGCCCACCUCGGUGGCCUCCACUCAGUUCCUCCUGCCCCAGGAGGAGGGGCGAUCAGAAGGAGAGAGGUCGUCUUCAGCGACCACCUGGCUCCACGACCUGUUGUCCUCUACAAAGUCCUGAAAUACUCACUCACAGCAUAACCUGGCCCAAUAGGGGAAACAUUAUCCGUUUGCUUUCUCACUGUGCUGUGUCAAAGAAAUCCAGUCUAAAUGGGCUUAUCCUAUACCGAUAUGAACAGUUAAACAUUGAAAGAUUGGCUAUGUUCAUCCCACAUAUGUGGUCCCGUUUGUGCAAAGUAACUGGUAGUUUGAAAUUGUUUUUUCUUUCAGAAAUGGAAGGUGUCUUUGCUGGUUACAUUUUUAUUGUGCAACAUUAUUUAGCGUUGUAUCACACUGAACUCACAGACAAGGAGCUUUCUUUUGACAGCGAUUAAUGUAGACAUAGUAUAGAUGGGCAUUCCGAAAUGUCAUUUCAUGUGCUUCAACAAGGCAGAACCAUUGAAAACAAAAAAACACUAAUUUUUAAAGAAGCGACUUAACCCAAACAAAAUAACACUAAACACAUUAAAAUAACUGAAUUAACCAGCAAACCUUAAAAAGUAAAAACACUAGACACUUUUGCUGGGCCAUUCUAAGAAGAUUUUGGGCUGUUGUACGGGAACCCUUUCUCGGUUCGAGAAGAAUGAGACAUUUCCUGUUGAUGUAAAGAUGUUGAAAUCGGCCAACAUGCGUGGGAGGAUUAGCCGCCUUCUGGAACAUUUGACAUUACACCCUAGCCAGAGCACAUACACCCACAUCUGCACGUCCCAUACACAUCUGGCAGGUGGUCGGAUUUGGAAAGAAUUCACACGGAGCAUAAGUUGCUGACUGCACCAAACAAGAAAUAGAUUGAUAUUUUGCGAUGAGAGCGAUAUACAGAUGAACACAAUUUCUGACUAUUUUUCACAGAGAUAUUACAGGGGUGCUUUUCUCUUAUGGUGUGAAAAUUUGGGGGCAAACAGGCCAAUAAGAAAAACACUGAUAUAAGCUACCAGGUGAAUGGAUAUGAAUCCAUGGGAAAUGUUGAACAUUGCUGUGUUUUUAGUUUGCUUUUAAAAAUGGAAGGAUAUAUGUGAACUAUAUAUCACUCAUUCAAACAAACAAAAAGUGUGACAAUUCUUGUUGUUUGCUUGCUUUAUAUGAGAUUAUCUAAAUUAAAUCAUAAUAUGAUUGGGUUGCAUUUCUUGCAUUUAUAUCUCAAUGUUAUCAUCCCUUUUUUUUAAUACAUUCAUGAUAACGGAUGUCUGUUUAAAAGCUGUUUACCAAAUUCAAGUCUUUCAGAGGACUAUAUUGAACAGUCCCUCGAGAAAAAUGCGGCGUUUUUUGUUUGAUUGUUGCGGCCAGAAAUCCUUGAUUAUGCUGCAUGUUUUCUUAACAAAUGCGAUGAAAUAUGCGGCAUAUUUCGUGCAAUUUCAUGCGAUGAAAGUGCGGGAACUUUAAAAAAUUGCGGGAACUUGCGAAAAUGCCGCUCUUCGAUGACGUUCACGUCGCGUAAUUACGUCACUUCAUAACGUUCCCAUGGCAGGGGGAAAUGGCUGCUCCUGUGUAAAGUAAAACAUUUUUCAACUUUCUGCAAAGAUAUAUGUGACUUUGCAACGAAAUGCAGGGAUUAUGAAAUCAUGCAAGCCCCGCAUAUUUUGCGUGGAAAUCUGCAAUUUAUGCAGUGAAAGUGCGGCAUAUUUGAAAAAAUGCGGCCCCCGCAUGAAUAUGCAGAUUUAGGCUGAUUAUGCGUUGAAUUAUGCGAUCGCAUAAUCGCGUUUUUCUGGAGGGACUGAUUGAAUUGCCUUGUUGAAUGUUGAGCUUCCAUUCAGGAAUCCUAUGUUUUAUCUGCUGCAAUGCAAGUGAUAAAGGAAAGGAUAAAUAAUGAUGCAUCACUAUACCUGUAAAUAUAAUGAUAUGCAAAGAUUAUCCCAGAUCCAUCCUGAUGUAAAGCAAUUGAAUUGGUUGGUUUGUAAUGAUAGGUUCCUAGUUAUGCUAAAUUGUUCUAAUACCAUAAUAACUACGCAAAUCUAUUUGAGAAGGCCAGUAUUAGAUAGAUUAGGAAGAAGCCAGUAAUGCUUUCCGUUGAUGGAGAUAUUAUAUGGAUUUGUCGUCUUUUAAGUCACACAUUUAGGGAUAUUCUGAGUCUUUUCAAGAGUCGACUGAUGUGACCUUCGAGGUUCCAUGUCAUUUUUUUUCUGUAACGUUGACAGAGUAUUGUUAUGGGUCAUCUGUAAUCAUAGACUGUGAUUACCCUCUGACUUUACAUAAUUACAUUCCCAAAAUAGACUCGGAAUCACAGUCCAGUUUGGGAAUAUCAUUUUGUAAAGCUAAGUAGAGACACUAUUAAAUGUGGGGAGACUUGGCCCUGGCUUGAUUCAGAGGAUGCAAGGGCGACUGACGCGCUAUAAUUAAAUCUACUGUGAUGUGAACAACUAUUAUUAUCAAAUAUGUAUGUUACUCUCAGCUUGUGAAAACGGCUGAUUAUGAUACCUGUGUACAUAUGCUUGCCUGCAAAAGUCUAUUUUGGUCAUUAUUUGCCAGUUGUCAGUUUAAUUAUUAUUUUUUUUUGCCAUAAAUGCAGGACUUUAUGAAUGCUAUGUGUUAACACAUCUUUUUUUAUGUUGAUUGGUCAACAAAAAGCACCUUCCUUCCUUUUUUAAAUAUUUGUUUUAUUCCAAGUUCAUGUAUUUUUGGCACCUUCUCGUAUAGAGAAUGGAAUGCCUAUAUAAUUUAGGCUUCAAUGGACAAAUGUUGAAAACUAAUUUUCUGUUGUAGAUGUUAAAUCCAAUUGUAGUGCAAAUUUGACACUUUAUCUUGCACAGCUUAUUUCACAGUAAAGUGUUUAUGUAGGAAAAGCCAAUACAGUAGAGCUCACAAUGUAAACAAUAUCAACUUCCGAAAUAUCAUGUUAAUAACAUGUCUGAAAAAAAAUUUGUCCAGCCCUAUCUUUUUUUAACUAAAUGUUUUGCAUGUAUAAACGUGUAUAGGCGUACUAUAUAUUGGUGGAAACACCUAUUUAACAAGUGUGCUAUUGUUAUUGCUUUGCUUCAUGUUACUUUUACUAAUGUUCAACGAGAAGACAGAAAAAUGUAUUCACUAAACUGAUUGCCUAAAUUGCUGGCAAAGCUUUUCUUAAUUUCUUCCGAAGAUUUAUUGAAAUUAACACUAACUGUAACCAUCAAUACCACAAUGCUGCCUGUUAUAAAGUAAUAAAGUUGUUGAAAUAAUUAUGCAUCGUCAUCACUUAGAAUAGUGGCUUCCCAUGUAAAUGGUAAAUUUCAGUACUUUUCAUUGCUUCGAAUCAGAUUUUCUUUUUUUUGCACACCAAAUCGACGACUUUUUUGUUACGUACAUUUGUGGCAUCAUUUAUGCGAUUAUGUCACAAUAAAUAAAUACUGGAUUUCACACAAAA